CAAAGUGCGGUUCUCGGGAUUAAGUAGUCCCCUGCCUAUCGUGCAUCUGGAGGAUACUUCCGCCACCGGUGCCGAGUUUGAUCGUUGCUUAGCCUCGCGGAACGGACAACUAAGGCAGGCGCGUUGGUUCGAAGAGAGGCUAGUCGCACGUCACAUCUACCGAAUCCGAGUACACCUGCCGUCGCGGGCGGGCAGUGGCUAACCCUUCGUUGCGAAAUUUCCAGCUCGAGACUUAGCAUGUCAAGAACUUGAAUUCCUCCACCCCGGAGCGCGCGUGAGUCCCUUUCCCACCUUUUGUUGCGCACUCUAGCAGCUAUGGCCCGCGGCUCUGCAGCCACCCAGCCCGAUGAUGGGGACGCCCAACAGGGAGAGUCUAAGGGAACCAAGAGACGAUGUGUACAGUCUGCGUGCGUACCAUGUCGCAAGCGCAAGUCCAAGUGUGACGGUGCGACGCCAUUCUGCGCAACAUGCACGGCGGUCUACAAGACUCCAUGCCACUACGACGCCGAGAGCGAGAGCCGGCGGUCUAAGUCAUCGUCGUCCGCGGCCUCUGUUGGCACCAAGCGUGAAGCCUCUGCCGCAGUCGCGUCGCACACAGGGGAAGCACUAACCGCCGACUCUAUCAUCAACUCCAUCAGAACUCUCCCAGAGGAGCAAGUGCUCGACCUCAUUCAGCAAAUCCGAAAAGACCCCAAGGCUGACAUUCCGGCUCUUGUGAACUCAUGGCGUAACACUGUCGCGCUGCCCCAGCCAUCCUCACCGUUCGACGUGCAAAGCCUGGAAUCGGACCUAAGCGUGCUUCUAGGCAAACCAGCAGUCACUCUGACAGGGCAGAGCAGACACUUCGGCCACUCUGCUAGCUUGGGUCUGGUGACUGAAGACGAGGACUAUGGCGUUGGCCUUACUCGAAUGCACGCCGUUGAUGCGCAGAGACGAGGAACUACCUGGACGACAGUGUCAGACGACCUGGCCUUCGUCAACCGACUGCUCACCCUCUACUUUACGUGGAGUCACCCCUUUUACAUCAUCUUCAGCCGCGAGAGCUUCUACAAAGACUUCAACGACGGGCGGAACAAGUAUUGCUCAUCCUUGCUAGUCAACGCCAUCUGCGCCUACGCAUGCCAUCUGACAGACGAACCUGCUGGACGAACAGACCCCUCCAACUUCCGCACAGCGGGCGACCACUUCUUCGCUGAAGCCAGGAGACUACUACAAGAAGAUGAAUCCCCCAGUCUUACAACUACACAAGCCCUCUGUCUCAUGGCCAUGCGCGAGCCCAGUACUGGACGGGACAGCUCAGGUUUUGGGUACAUUGGAAGAUGCAUUCGCAUGUGUGUUGAGUUGGGCCUCCAUCUCAACAACAGCGCCAGUCCUGCGCUGGGCUUGACUCCAAGUGAAGUCGAGGUCAGGAAAGUCACUUUUUGGGGCUGCUACACGGUUGACGCAGUGUGGUCCAUUUGCGCCGGUCGAAUCACUCAACUGCCCCGAGCAGCUAUCACACUCGAAAAGCCGAUCCUGGAGGAGUCUAGUGGGCCCCUGGAAGCAAAUUAUGGCGCAGCAAAAGUCAUCACCACACGCAUGUUCUUACAGGAGUUUUCUGCGCUUUCAGAACUCAUUAACGACAACAACUACAUGUUCUUUGCGCCAAAAGAGCGCCUCACGAGCACCAAGCUGCUGGACUGUUACAACAAAUACCAAGCGUGGUACCGAAAACUGCCAUCCAUCAUGAGACUUGAGGGUCGAUCGCCUGAGCCUCACACAAUCACGUUGCAUAUGCUAUACUGGACCGUAAUCGUUCACCUCUUCCGUCCAAUGCUGAAGGUCGACCUGCUACACUCGGACGUUCAUCCUCGCGAUAAAUGCAUCGAAGCAGCCAACAAAGUCUCAGAGCUUACUCGGCUGUACCGUUCAAUGUACGACUUCCGCAUGGCGCAUCUCGCCAUCCCGCACAUACUUCUCUCAGUCACAAUUGUACACCUUCUGUACUCGAAAGACAAUCCGACCUCACGACAAAACCUCGUAGAAGGCUUGCAGGGUUUGGAGGCGCUUCACGAAUGUCAUUACUUUGGAGCAAGAAGCUUUCGGAUCAUACACACUCUGGCCAAAACGUGGAACCUACCGUUUCCGGAAGAGCUGAAGAACUCGAAGCUUGUGCCUCGAGAUGAUCCCAACAGGCCUCCAGGGACAGUCAGCCCUCCUCCCGACCCUCUUCUGGUGGCUCCCAAUACGGCUGCCCUUGUCAACCGUAUGGGGCCGGGUGGAUAUCCUCAAAUUCCCGAGCCUCAUAGGAGAGGUAGUCUGUCGAUGUUUGCGAACAGGAAUUUGCAAGUCAACACGCAUCUCGCAUCGCGACCGGGCUCUGUUGUUCCUAGCCAGCAUCAUGGUUCACCGAUAGUAUCGCAAACACCCAGUCAGCCAUCAUUCAGCGCAGGUAUGCCUAUGGCUUCGUACACGUAUUCCCAAUCCAUGUCCUCCAUGACGAUUCCAACGACAAGCACAACGACCUCGGAAGCAACGGAGGCUAUGUUCUGGACGCCCAUUGCUGGAAUUCCGGCUCCUAUACUGCCCCGGGUCAGUUACCAGCAGAUCAGCCCUAUGGGUCUGGAUAGUGUCCUUCACACAGGGGAUACGGGCAAUCGGCUAGGGCGUGAUGGUUUCAAGAUCAAUGAAGAUUGGCAACAGACUGGAGUUCACGGCUUCGGGACGGGUGCGCCAGGUGGCUACGAACAGACUGGCCAGGGUGGUGGAUCAUAUCCCGUGUCAUAUCAGCGCAACAGUCAUAGCGGCCAACACGGACAGGCACAGGAAGAUUUUGACCCUUCGUGGUGGCAGAACGGAGCUGGGAACUCGAGCCAGAUGAGUUGAUGAGAGCAUGGUUCACCAACAGCUUCGUCUGUCGGCAGUGCGCUUUCUCCUCUUUGUUUGAUACCCCCCAAGUGGCAGAGCUUAGGCGCAACGGUGGUGCAU